AAGAGUUAAUUAUUUAUUUAAUUACCAUUUCCUUUUUUUUUCCUUCCUCUCCUUAUACUAUCAUGGCAGAUUCUCGUGGUUGAUUCCCCUGCCACUAGCCAAGUCUCUUAUUUUUGGGUUCUUCUCCAACAGUUACUUAUUUUUUCCCUGUAUUUUCUUCUAGAAAAAUUUUUCCCUUUUUGUCAGGUUCUGCAGGUAAGCUUCAAAGCUUGGCGACAUUGAAAAAUUAUUCAACUAUUUUAGUGUAAAGUUUGGAUUUUUGUUAUUGAGAAGGUGGAGAGUUUUGGUGAUUCAGGCUCAGUUGGUGUUAUAAUAUUGCUUUGUUUAUAAUUUAGCUGCUUUAGCAUCUCGUGUCACCACUCAGUAUGAACAACCAAUAUGGUGAAGAUCAAGAUGAAGCAACCGUCAUUGGAUUUGAAGUGCCAAGAUCACCUGAUUCAAGUUAUAAUAACGCCUACCCUGGGAAUGAAGAUGAUGCACGUGACCCUCCAGUUGUCCCUCCACACCUGCACCGUUCGUUGCUCAGUUACCCCACGAGUAUGAAUACUUCUGGGAAUCUUCCUUUGCCAGAAAACGUGAUUCUAAAUCAUCUUUACAUUGAAAAUCGAGAGGCACCAAGAUCUGUAGUGGCACUAGGGUUUACUCACCGUUUCCGUUCAAAGUAUGUUACUGUUGUGCUAUACAAACCAGUUCCAAGAAGGGGUAGUUCUCAUACUUAAAGUUAUGAACAUCGAAUAGGCCUUCAGUUUGUUGGUUAGCCCUAGUGAUCCAAUUAGUUUCGAUAGACUCGAAUAGGGAAUUAGAUGAAAGAAUAUUCAUUGGUUUUGCUCGAUGAUUAGGGGUCGUCCAUUGAACCUCAAAAUUUAACAUUUUAACAUGAAAAUAUCAUCAGUUUAUGUUGUGAUACAUAUAAAGCUUUCUCGUAGCUCGGUAUUUGCGGUCCUGUGAGCUUGUUUGCUGCAUAGGAUGGUACUAAACUUAAAAGAACUUGUAUUUGUGGGAAUUGAAUUGAAUGGAUUGGUUCAUUUAGUUGGA